UACAGAGCAGGUGAGACAGUGUGAAUGAAUGAGUGGAUAUCAAAAGGUAUUGUUUUUCCAAAGAUGGUGGGCUGCACACUGCACCUCAGAGGGAUCACAGUAGCUUAUAGCAGGCGAUAUUGUGGAGCAAAUAAGACAGUUUAACUGACGAAAACAUGCAGCUGAUGUGGGCUUUCCAAGCACAUGCUCUUGUGUUUCAUAACCGGCGACCACCGACCAGCUGCUCAUCAUCACAGCCCCCCAGCGACACCUGAAAUGAAUUUGUGUUUAAAAAUGGACUUCGUAGUAGACUACUACUGGGGAGAUUUGUGUGUGGACAUUUCGAGUAAGAAGUGAAAAGCGGUAGGGUGAUUUUUUUUUCUUUUUAAAUGGCGGGAGGGUGCAGCUGCUUGGCGUUGGUUUGGGGUGUCUUGAGCACUUCCUGGAUUGGAGAGUCGCGUCCGCGCGCGCGGUCCCGCCACUGGCAGCCGUGCUCCGGGACCUUUCCCUUUCCUUCUGCCACGCGCUGUUUCUUUCACUCAGUUCACACGGAAACGCGCUCAUUUUAGCGCUCGCUUGUAUGAGAAGCGCGUGCUCCCGAUUCCGUUGUCCUUACAGGUCUGUUUGGGACGGCAGCUCAUUCUAACAGGUGGUAAGCGAUUUCAGGUGGAGCUCAGAUCAGGAGGAGGAGGACGAGAAGGACGAGGAGGAGGAGGAGGGGGGUGUACAGGCUUCUCGCUUUAUUUCACCGACGAACGGUUUUGCCGAACGGAGCUUAAACAAAAGACUUUGACAGCUAGCGUCUUAUCUUAUGUGUUUUUUUUCUUUCUGGGGCAUUUACUGAGGGAUUGUCCCAGUGCAUCCGAGCAGCUCGUGGUAAUUAGCUUGAGAAUCUGGGCUACAGAAUACAGGUGGGGGAGAGUGACACAUAACAGCCUGUGCGGGUUUUUUUUUUUUUUUUUUUUUUUGGUUAGACUGAUAGGAAAGCAGCCCCCUCCCCUCUGUUGCUCUGAGAGAAACCAGCACCGAUAUUUGUUCCGUUGUUCCUCUGGGACAAGAGGCGAAACGGCUCAGCAAACAGGUGCGAGGACGGACGCUCGCGCUCUUGCUCUUGCUCUCUCGCGCUCUCUCGCACGCGCACACUCCCGGCUCAUUGUUUAAACGGGAUACACCUAUCUGCUGAGGAGCAAUGUCCGAGUGCACGAGCUCCAUAUUUCACACUCACAAGGUUAGAAACUAGGGAGCGUGACGUAUCUGGAAAUAUAUCAGCAUUUUCAAGUCUUACGAUUCGGAGGAGGGUUUAGGACAGAACGUGAAAGAGAGACAGAGAGAUAGUGUGAGAGAGAGAGAGAGAGAAAUACAGAGAGACACAGAGGCGCACACACGCACAGAAAGAGAGAUGUCAGGCAGGAAGCACAACGCGGAUUCCUCGAAAAGGAGCCCGGUUCCGUCCGAAACGGAAAUGUUCGGCGAAUUUCAGGACUGGUGCCUCCGCACUUACGGAGACUCGGCCAAGACAAAGACCGUGACCCGACGCAAAUACGACAGAAUCCUGCAGGCGCUGUCUCUAACCGAGGACUCGGACGCCUACGCGGACGGCAGCCACAUCAACGCCAAAUUUAAGUUCUGGGUUAAAUCCAAAGGCUUCCAAGUCGGGAACGGGGACACCCCGAGAGACAGGAAUGGAAAAUCCGACAGACCCGUGCUGUACGUCCCCAUAAAGACAACGUGCGUGGACGGAGCGGCUGGACAGGAGAUCUCGUCUCUGAAGAGGGUUGCCGUGGUGGAGGAUUUCUACGAUAUCAUCUACGCCAUGCAUGUGGAGAUCAGCUCUGACCCAGCCAAAGUGCCCAAACAUGCCGGCCAGAAGAAAACAUAUAAAGCGAUAGCAGAGACGUAUGCGUUUCUGCCUAGAGAAGCAGUGACCCGUUUCCUGAUGGGCUGUGGAGAGUGUCAGAAAAGGAUGCACAUCAGCCCAAGUGGAGCCGAGUGCAAGGAAAAUGACCGGCCUGCCUCUCUGGUCCCUGACCUCAUCGACUACAACAUGCCUUUGACCACCACCUACCUGAAACAGAUGAAACUGCAGUGCAUUAACAACAACGAGCAGGAUGAGAGUUCAGUGAGCAGUGAGGAGUUUGAUAUGAGCGACCCCACAUGGAUUUCAACUGAACGCCAUAACACACACUCAGACCUGAAUCCAGCCACUAAUAUAGAGAGAAUGCUCAGCCCCCAAAACACACACAAAGAAGACGAUGAUGACUCGUCCUCAGAAAGUGGGAGUGGCAACGGCAUCCACAGCAUGACCCCUCCGUCUAUGGGUGUGGUUUCUGUGAGUGACGGUGCAGCGGCUGGACCAGUGACCGGGUCGUAUAGUCAGGUUAACGGAAACAGGGCAGCUGUGCCUCUGGACUUCAGUACGACUUCAUCCUCGUCCUCAGAAGAACAGCAACCAGUGAACCUGAGAGAGCGAAUGAGUCAGGCCCUGCCCACUGCUGCAGCCAUGCUAGCCACAUUCAACCCGGAGCACUCAGAGGAGUUUCGCCGAAAAUAUCACAAACCGCCACUGGCCUCAGAGCUGCGCCUUGACCGAGACAUCAGGGACUACGCCAACAAGUCUCCUCAGUAUGGUUCAGGAAGCUAUGACUCCAUAAAAAUGGAGAUGUGUGCCGAGGACCUGACAGUCAGUCGCUCUCAGGCUGCCGAUGAUGACGAUGACGAUCACGAUGACCACGAUGACAGUGACAAGAUUAAUGACACAGAGGGAGUGGACCCAGAGAGGCUGAAAGCAUUCAAUAUGUUUGUGCGUCUGUUUGUUGAUGAGAACCUGGACCGCAUGGUGCCCAUCUCCAAGCAGCCAAAAGAGAAGAUACAGGCCAUCAUUGAAUCCUGCAGCCGCCAGUUCCCAGAGUUCCAGGAGCGUGCACGCAAGCGUAUCCGCACCUACCUCAAAUCCUGCCGGCGCAUGAAGAAGAACGGCAUGGAGACCCGGCCCACGCCACCACACUUGACCUCAGCAAUGGCAGAGAACAUUUUAGCUGCUGCUUGUGAGAGCGAAACGAGAAACGCUGCCAAGAGGAUGCGGAUGGACGUCUACCAAACACAUGAGGAUCAGAUAGCUCUGGAGAAGGCUGUCUCUCGUGAGCCAGUGCCUCUGACCCACACUGCAUAUUCUCUGGCAGCUUCUGCUUACUCCCAGGACCAGCUGUACAUCAACGGAGGCCUUGGCUACAACUACCGUGCUUUCGCUGGCCUGGCGGGGAGCAUGCAGCACCCUGUCUCUCUCACUACCCCUGCUGCCCAGACCAAUGGACCUACCGAUCUCAGUAUGAAGUCUUUGGCUUCAAACUCAUCUACGUCAAGCACCAAUAGUCUUGGGCGGAGUGGAGGAGGAGGAGGAGGGACCUCUGCUCAGCUCAGCCAUACAGAAGUGACAGCAGUGCGUCAGCUGAUCGCUGGCUACCGCGAAUCAGCAGCCUUCUUACUUCGCUCAGCUGAUGAGCUGGAAAACCUCAUACUACAACAGAACUGACCUGCACUCUCUCUCUCUCUUCUCAUCGCCACUUUCUGUCUCUCUCAGUCUGCCUUUAUCUUUAACUCUCGCUCCAUCACCUCAGGUCUCUAUUUGCUAGCCUCACUCUCUUUGUGCCAUCAUCUUCAUCCUCAGAGGCGUACACACUGGAAGAUCAGGAGAGAUGAUGAAGCAUUGAUCAGUAUGCUGUCACAUUCAGAUCGCCUGCAAAGAGAAACAAAGAAAGGGGGCUGAUGAAGACGGGAGCAUGCUGCAGUGCUGCGUUGAAGAAGAAAACACUGUUCCUGUGGGUGGCUGGCCUUGUGAAUCAUACACCUCUCCACCUCCAUGCCCUUAAGCCCAUUUACUAAAACAACUCCUUUAAUCAUUUUUUACUUUAUACCACCUGCUUUUGAGAGCCACUAAUUUGCUGAUUUUUGUUCUCUUCAUUUUUAAUCUACUUUUUAACAGGAGGCAUUAUGUAGUGAAAGUACUCCUGUUUAUUACUAAAUGAAGACAAUUUUGAGUUGAGUUGAAGGAAGAUACCUGAAAAAAGUGAAAGUUUAAAGAGAAAACGGAAUGAAAAGAAACAAAUGAGACCUUUAUAUUCGCUGUACAUUAACGCGCUCUGUUCUAAAGCACUUUUUUUCCACUCGAUCUGACCUCUCCUCCCUAACACUGCUUUUGCUGUAGGGAGAAAAUUGUGUAACUUAUGCAUACAAAUACAGGUGGAGCUCACCUGGAAAUACCUCAGCCUGUCCAAAUCCUCUGUGUCCCAGCUCACGUUUUCUGUCUGAGGGAGAGGAAUCCCUUCUUCUACCACUACCUUAUGCGUCCAGUGCCUCUCCAGGAUCUAAAAGAGGGCAUGCAUAUGGGACAUGAGCUUGGUUUGUUUCUAUAGUUAUUUAUUUGAUUUUUAUUUGAUUUUAUUUUUUUUUGCUUCUGUAAUGUAAUGUACAUAUUCAAUCCAUCAGAAAGUAUUGAUUACAGAAAUACACUGAAAUGAAAUACACUGGAACUGGAGGAUUAGACUUAAUGAAGUGUUUUGAUCAGGUAAAGAUCUCUGCUUUAAUGAUUAGGUCUUUUGGGGCCUCUCAAAGCAUUCCGACUAUGGAUGCCAACUCUAUACUCCACUACCUUUCUUUUUUAUGCCAUUCUUCUGUAGUCACCUCUUCUUUCAUGCACAUGUCUGGAGCAAUGGAGGGAGAGUGAUGAAGGGAUGGAGGAAGGAUCUGUUAGUCUUUUUAUCUGUUGACUUUUUCUCAAAGGCCAUUAAUUCCACUCUGCUGCUAAGGACUUGGACUUUUACGCCACAGACCUGAAACCUCAAGCCUCCUGCACAACCAGAGCACCUCAAUCUGAAAAAAAAAAAAAAAAAACAAAAACGCAAAAAAGGUCCUGAAAUGGACAAUGGAAAAGUUUAUUGAUUUGAAUGCUUAGAAAGAGAAAAUACUGCCAUACUAGUUUCCUGCAUUUACAUCUUGUUAGUGACCUGUAUUGUCAUUGAGGGUUGUGUUUGCUUUGCAGCUGCGUUUUGUUUAUCUUAGACUUUAAAUGCAUCAGUAUGUGCUUAGUUCCAGAGAUUAGCAGAGAUCAGCUUCUCUAUCUGUGGCACGAGAGCUUUCACAUGCUCAAACAUGCACACACUCUCUCACAUAUGGAGUCUCUGGGGAACUGAAUCUUUAGAGGGAGAGAAGAGAAAAUGCAAGCUGUUUCAGUUAGUGAGGUAGGCUCGUGUAGGGGCUGGCUGACUGGUGUGUCACUGUAAUUUGCUCCUCUUUGCACACUGAGGCAGUGCUGCUCUGCUACUGUGGAGCUCUGUGUCAAAGCUUGAGGCUGCACUGCUAGUGAGGAGCAAGAGGAAGAUUAUUGCAAUGCAAAAGAUAAUCAUAAGCGUUCCUGGUCCUAAAGGAGAGAGUUGGAUGCGUAGAGACUACCAAGACCUGUAAUGAGGGGCAGUCACAAGCACUGAAGUGAGUUUCCUUUGUCUAUUCUUGUAACAUUGAUAAUAGACACAUAAAGUAAAGGAGGUAAUGGAGGUAUUAUGUAUCUUCAGUGAAGUGUGUGUAGGAUCUACAAGUUUUACAUUGUGCUUUCUGCCCAAGUGUAGUUAUUGCAAAUAUGUUGUUGUAGUAUCACAAUAUCCAGCUGGCUCAAACCACUAUAAACACGGGAGAAAUACUGCAUGUGUUCCAUUCUGUAUGCUAGUCUGGGUAGAUCUGCGCAUUUUAACUCUCUCUCUCAGUUAUUGAUAGUGACAAGGAUGAGGAAAUAUGCAAAAUGACCAGUCCUCUCCUCACUGUGCUCUUGUCUUACUGUGGCUGCUUGGUUUUCAUUUAAUAUCACCUUCAUUUUUAUGGAUCCAUCUCCCUCGCUCUUUGGGGAGUGACGCUUUGAUACACCCACUUUUGUUCUUCCCACUCAUUUACUUUAAGGGAAGAGCUGUUUAGAUGUUCUUGAUUUUCCUUUGAAUCAAAAAAGCCUUGCUGUGUUGCAGUUCACCAUCUUGGUUUAAUGUUGGUGAUGUUCCUUUUAAAAACAUUCUCUGUGAUGUUCUAGAUAAGAAGACCGCUCAUGAGUGAUCUUUGUUCGUAUUGUUUACUUUUGCUUUGUAUUUCUCGCUCCUUUUCUGCUCAGUCCUUAUGUUAAAGCACUAGAGACUGAUAUAAAGGCUGGGUAUGAGGACUGAUAUCUUGCUCUCCUCUCUUUCUGUCUCCAUCUAUCCCACUUUUGCUCCCACUGGUUCGGAGUGGUGGAGGGAUGGGUCCUGAUGCUUAUUAAAAUCACUCACACACUGCUGAAUUUAGACUAACCUCACAUGCCACUAAGCUCUGCUCCGGUUGCUUGAAAUUUGAGAUUGUGACAGUUCUACAUUUGUAAUAUAGGCAAUGGACCGCUAACAUUAUUUGUGGAAAGGUUGUGAGAUUAUUAAGGGAAAUAAAAGGCACGCUCAUUCACUCAUCUGGGAAUUUGCUCCCGCCAGCUCCCUCAUGGACAGCAACUUUAUGGAUACAAACUGUAAAAACAAGGCAAACGACAAUCUUGGAAAAGGUGUAAUUAGUUUGGUUAGAUUUCCCUUCUCCCUAUACGGCUAUUGUUUCCAGUGCGUAUGGGAGAAUGUGGAGUGAUUUAGCCAUAAUCUGAGCAUCUCUGACGUCUUGGACGUCUAGCCCUUUUCGCUACCUGUGGAGGACUCCUAGUGGCCCACUGUCAACACCUUCUUAUAUGAUUUCUAUUUUUAUUAUAAUUGUCAUGAUUGCAGUUAUUAUUUUUUAAUUCUUUUUGUAUUACAAAGUGGUCUUUCUACAACUGUUUUGUACAACACCAACAUCACAAGUGAAGUUUUGUCUAUACAUUCCAAGGAAGGAUGUCAAUAUAUGAAGCAAUCAAGUGGACCCAAGUCAUCGAGCAUGUACGAAGGACAGCCCACCUAAGUGCUCUAUACUACUUAAAAAAAAAACCCAAUCACAAAAAAAUUGCUGAAACUAGAGGCUUUCAGACAAAACAAAGUGUGCACUAUGAUGUACAUGUACAUUUCCCACAAUGAUCUUGGGUUACCUGGUGCGGCUUCGUUCACUUUUGACCCUACAAAGGCAAAGUGUGUUUACUUUGUAAAUAAGUUGCUGACAGCACUGGUGUUAAAGGUUUUUCAUGUUGGUACAUUUUCAUAUAAAUAGUAUUACAACCCCAACUUUAUACCUCAUACUGUAUCCAUUAUUACCCAACAUGGUUCAAAAAAAAAAAAAACAUGGGUCAGUUUCAGUUUUUUUUGCUGAGACUGCACUUUGCCUUUGAGGAGCUGAGUUUAUUGAGAUUAGCACUUCAUUUGUUCAGCUAUAGUGGAUGUCCGUUGUGAGUGUACAGAUUUUAACCCCCCAGUCUGCGUAUUUACGAUAUGAAUAUGCUACAUUGCCUCUAGGGCCUUCAAGCUUUGUUUUAUUUCAUAGCUGGAAUUUGGCACACACAGCCAGGUCUUAUUUGAUCUGUCUACAUGUCAUGUGACCUCUUCAAGGCACAAUGACACCAUCUUGGCAUGUACAGUAUAAACACAAGCACUCGCAUAUACAGAUUGUGAUUUGGUUCGGACCGUGUACUCUGGUUACAGUAGCUGCUGAGCUACACACAUUUAAAUUGGCCGGUUUGGGUCUGAUGUAGAGCUCAGCAAAAAUGCGAGGAGGAAAAAAAUUUUAUUUUUCUACUGCAGUGGUGUACAUACAGUCGAAUCAUCCUGAUUUCCCUCCGCAGUCUGUCCUCUAUAAUUUGUUGGUGCUUUACAUUUCUGUUUGCUUUGUUCUUCUGUUUUACUGUUUCAGGAGCUUCUAAAUUAAGCUCUGCUUUGGAGAUUUAUACCAAUGGAAACACUCUCUCUCUCUCUCUCUCUCUCUCUCUCUCUCUCUUUCCUCUUCAUUUUGGACUCAGUGGAAGUGUGAUGUUUACAUGUACAGAUUUUUGAAAUUCUCAGUUUUAUUUUGUUCUUGUUUGCUCAUUGUUUGUUUUGUUUGAAAGCAGUUUUUCUCCUUCCUGCUCUCAUAUAAUGCUUAAUUGAAUCUGAUUUCUUGUUUGUUGAAGGGAAAUGGAAAUGUGUCUGAGUAAGGUUUGUGUCCAUUUCAGCAGUGCUUAUAAAAGUGAGUCCUAUUUUGCUUUGCUCUGAUCCCGCUUUCAAACUGCUGACAACAGGAAGACAAAAUGAAGGCUCACUGUAAAACGAUCCUCUGUUCUGACUGCAAGCCAGUACACGGCAGUCCAUUUCUUCGCAAUUAAAAGCCAUUUCCAUGCCCUUCACUGGGCUCGCAACAAGUAUUAAAUUACAAAAACAGACUGAAAACCUCAGGUAAAUGACUACUAUUUAUGUAAUUGUAAGUCUUACUGGCAGCCCAUUUCCCUCUUUAAUACCACAUAAAUUAUAUUAAAUAAUUAUUCUUUUUUUUUUAUAUUUAUUGUGUUCUGUAUAACAGUUGAGACCUUUUUCAGUACAUGUGGCUAAAUAUUUUAAUUCUUUUGAAAAGUGACAAAUAUAUAUGUGAAGAAGAUGAAAGAUGAAAAAAUCAAUUUCUGUUUGUUUAAUAAGAAACAGCAUGGGUGACUCCUAACAUAUCACUUUGAUUAAAGAAAACCAAUGAUUUAAAAUGAUGCUUUCUCCAGUGGGUUGUCACUGCUGAGGUUAAAAAAAAAAAUGACUUCAGACAUGACAUUGUGACUUUACUUUAUUUUUCCUCCCAAGCUGUUUGUCUGAAAGCUAAAUAUGCUAAUAAAAUUGUGUGCUAUA